GGGAUUGGGCAGGGGCGGGGGUACAGAAGUGGGCGAGUGUAGUCCAUGCGAGCAGAAACGUUCACUGGAAGAUCAAUAUUCUUCAUCUUCUUCUUCUUCUUCGUAAAAUAAAAAAGGUUCUGAAGUUUUAUAAUAAUAAUAUAAUAACGACAGCUCUCUUUCUUAACGAACUUCAGAAAAUCAAGAGCGCGAGAGAGAUGGAUAUGUAGGUAUCUGAAGCAGUCAACGCCAACGCCCCUUUCUCCAUUUUCCCACCAAUUUUUCUACAUAUAUUAUAUUUCUUUCCCUAUGCACUUUAGCCCCACUGGGCAGGAACGAGUUUGAGAUUUCUUUAAUAUACUCCCCUCUACGAUUUCAUUCUUUUUUCCGGUGGCUUUUCCAGCUGGAAGCAAUGGCGACAAAUUUUCAAUAUGAUUCUGAAUUCCUUAAGAAUUUUCUCAUUCCUAAUUACAUACUCCGAGCCGAAGCAGAAGUUGAGAGUGUUCCUUGUGCUCCCAAUUGCCCUAUUUUAGUGUUUGUCAACUCCAGAAGUGGUGGUCAGCUUGGUGGCAGUCUUCUCAGCACAUAUCGUUCUCUUCUCAAUGAGAAACAGGUUUUUGAUUUGGGGGAAGAAGCUCCUGAUGCAGUGCUGCGCAGAUUCUUCUUGAAUCUUGAAAAGCUUAAGCUUAAUGGCGAUGAAGUUGCAGUUGAUAUUCAAAAGAAAUUGCGAUUAAUUGUUGCAGGGGGUGAUGGAACAGCUGGCUGGCUUCUUGGAGUUGUUUGCGAUCUUAAGUUAUCUCAUCCACCACCAAUUGCUACAGUCCCCUUAGGAACCGGAAACAAUCUUCCUUUUGCAUUUGGUUGGGGAAAGAAGAAUCCUGGUACAGACCCUAACUCUGUGGUUUCAUUUUUAAAUCAAGUCCUGAAAGCAAGGGAAAUGAAAAUAGACAAUUGGCAUUUUCUGAUGAGGAUGAGAGCUCCUACAGAAGGCUCGUAUGAUCCUAUUGCUCCCCUUGAACUGCCACAUUCCCUACAUGCAUUUCAUCGCGUCACCGAGGGUGAACACAAUGUGGAAGGUUGCCUUACAUUCCGUGGAGGAUUUUGGAACUACUUUAGCAUGGGAAUGGAUGCUCAAGUAUCAUAUGCAUUUCAUUCUGAGCGAAAGUUGCAUCCUGAAAAAUUUAAGAAUCAGUUAGUUAAUCAGAGUACCUACGCAAAGAUUGGAAGCACCUGGUUUUUUGCUCCUUUGUUUCAUCCUUCAUCCAUGAAUGUAUCUCAAAUGGCUAAGGUCGAGAUCAUGAAAUGUCAUGGUGAUUGGAAAACGUUGCAUAUACCUCAUGGAAUUAGGUCAGUCGUAUGCCUUAACUUGCCCAGUUUUUCUGGUGGAUUCAAUCCAUGGGGAACUCCUAAUAACAGAAAGCAGCGUGAUAGAGACUUAACUCCACCAUAUGUCGAUGAUGGCCUUCUUGAGGUUGUUGGCUUUCGGGAUGCUUGGCAUGGACUUGUCUUGCUUGCUCCAAAAGGUCAUGGAACUCGCCUUGCACAGGCUCAUCGCAUAAGGUUUGAGUUUCAAAAAGGUGUAGCAGAUCACACAUACAUGAGGAUUGAUGGAGAACCCUGGAAGCAACCCCUCCCUGCCAAUGAAUCUGUUGUGGUGGAAAUCUCUCACCUGGGCCAAGUCAACAUGCUUGCCACCAGUAAUUGCAGAUCACAAAGUGUUAAUGAUCCCUCAACACCAAGCAGGUAUGGGGAGGAUUCAGAUGAGGAAGAUUUUGAAGAAGACUCCACUCAAAGUGGGGAAGAAUUCAGGAAAUUUGGUGCAGCAGACACCUUUAAGAUUCCAGAUGAAAUUGAUAUUUCUCAUCUUAGUUGAAAACAAACACUUCUACCUACCUUUUUUUUAUAAUUAUUAAUAUUUUUUUUAUUUCUGAAUGUUGUUCUUCAUUUAUUGUUAUUUGAACAGCAGGCUCGUGUCUUCCAGUAAUCGGCUUGAUUUCCUAUAAUGUUCACUAUUUAAUAAAAAACUAGAAUACAGAGUUGAUACCUUUCUUUA